AUGGACUCGGAACUAACCAGCGACGAUGAUGUUCGGCUGCAAAGCAUACGGCAGAGCGACAACGAACAAGACACACCCACGAUGAGUCUCACUGCAAAUAACGAAGAAUGGGAUACGAAAGAAGGCUGGCCAGUUGUCACAGCUGGUUCGGCCAUCUUCUUCGUUUAUCUUGGUCUUGUUUACUCAUAUGGCAUCGUCCAGCUUCACCUCUCAGAAGCGCAUCUCGCCAGCGUUUCCACCUUGUCAUUCAUCGGCUCUGUCGGCGCAGCCAUGUCUCCUCUCACUGGUAUGAUUGUCGCGCGGGUAAUCAAACUCACUGGGUAUAGAGUCACCGCGCUCAUGGGAAGCAUAUUAUUGGGACUUGGAGAGUUUACGGCAGGCUGGUCUACCAAGUCGGUGCCCGCCAUGUUUGUCACGCAGGGUUUCGUGUUUGGCAUAGGCUCUGCGUUGUUGUUCCUGCCAGCAGCCACAGUGCCAUCGUUGUGGUUCAAGAGAAAGCGAGGGCUUGCGACUGGCAUUGUCUUUGGCGGCGCGGGCAUAGGAUCUGCGGUUAUAUCGCUUUCCCUUGAGAAGCUGAUUGGUGUUGUUGGACUGGAAUCGGCGUUGAAGAUUCUUGGAGCUGCGGCUUGGGCGAUUUGCAUCCCGGCAUCGUACUUUUUGAAAGCACCCGCGGGGCGCGGUCGUGCAGUGUCAAGCAUUCAAUGGCGUCUCUUCCGUAGCAUCAAGUUCAACAUGAUGCUUGUCAUGGGUGCAAUCGCGACGUUCCCUCUGUUCGUCCCGCCAUUCCUGCUCCCGCUCUAUGUUGCGAACAUUGGUCUCUCUGGUCAGGCCGGCGCCGGUAUUCUUGCAUGCUGGAACCUUGCUUCAGCUUUGGGUCGCAUUGGUAUGGGAUUUGGGGCAGAUGCUUUCCUCGGCCCCGUGAAUAGCUUGCUCGUCUCGCUCACUAUAAUUGGCGUCAGCGCCUUGGCUCUUUGGCCGUUCGCAUCCUCCCUUGGACUACUCAUAUUCUUCGCCAUCUUAAAUGGAAUGGGUUCAGGAGGAUUUUUCAGUCUUAUGCCGGUGGUCGUCGGGGCUGUAUUUGGAGACAGCCAACUUGCCAAUGUCAUGUCCAUGCUGACGACGUCGUGGACUUUUGGCUACUUUAUGGGAUCGCCAAUUGCUGGAUACUUGCUAGAUGCCUAUGGUGGUACCGAAGCUGGGCUUGCAGCUUUCCGUCCGACAUUUUUCUAUGCUGGGUCGUUGACACUGGCGAGCGCGGGUCUGAUCCUAGCAGUUCGCCUCAUGAUAAACAGAAAGAUACUUGCGAGGGUGUAG